UAGUGUUAUCAAGGAAGAAAAGGAAGGAGCUAAAGCACUUUCCUUGGUCCAUAUCAUGUCUACUCAAUACCCCAUUCUCAUGAUUUGAUUUCCACUUAAAUUUUGCUCAUUUUCAAUUAUAUCUUCUCCAUCAAGAAGAAUUCACCAGAGGGAAAACAAAAAUCCAAGGGACGAUGUCGUCGAAUGAUCAGGGAGAAGGAUCUUCAUCAAGAUCAGUUUCUGCAUCUGCUGAUAACCAUCAUCCACAUCAGCAGCAGCAGCAGCAACAACAACCAGCUCAAUUGAGUCGAUAUGAAUCCCAAAAACGUCGUGACUGGAACACUUUUGGACAGUAUUUAAGGAAUCAGAGGCCUCCUGUGGCUUUACCCCAGUGUAGUUAUAAUCAUGUACUAGAUUUCCUUCGAUACCUCGACCAAUUCGGGAAAACUAAGGUACAUGUACAAGGUUGUGUCUUUUUUGGACAGGUUGAGCCCGCAGGGCCUUGUACUUGUCCCCUUAGGCAAGCAUGGGGUAGCCUCGAUGCCCUUAUCGGACGUCUCCGGGCUGCUUACGAAGAGAACGGAGGCCUACCAGAGACUAAUCCUUUCGCUAGUGGCACUAUACGCGUUUAUCUACGCGAAGUAAGGGACUCCCAGGCGAAGGCGCGGGGAAUCCCGUACAAAAAGAAGAAGAAGAAGAAGAGGAAUCAAAUGAAGGGCACCAUUAAUGAAGGCACAUCCUCCAGCAUUCAGAUGUAAUACUCCCUUCUAUAUUGCUUUUUGAAGAAUGGUGAUUGAUUAAAUUUCCAUAUUUUGCUGCUUUUAUCUUGAAUUUCUACCUCAUAAAUGUAGUAAUAUUUACUUUUCAUGAAGAGAUAUAUAUAUAUAUGUGGAUCAAAAUGUUUGAUAUAUUUACUCUU